AUGCUUUCUCAGAUUUGGAUGGCCUCGGCGCUGUGCGCGGUUGCUCUGGCUGCUCCAUCACUAGCGCCUGGUGCUGCUGCUCGACCCGAGGAAAUGAAAGUGUUGUCGCAAUACUUCCAGAUGCUGGCGACGAAGGUGCAAGCAGGAAAGAUGAUGGGAAUGGUUCCUGUGUGUGACUUGUCAAAGGCUGUGUUACCAGUUGCUGCUCCCACCAACCUACCACUCCCAUCUGCAGGCAUGUCUUUGAAGCAUGUUGCCAUCGGCCGAGGAACACAAAACUAUACAUGUUCGCAAACAAACGCAACAGCUGCUCCAACCGCUGUCGGUGCCGUCGCCACGCUUUUCAACGCCAGCUGUGUAGCCUCAACUUACCCCGAUCUACUAGCAAUGAUUCCUAAAGUCGCUUUAGAGUUCAACAUGACUGCCAACCAAAAGAUUCUUUCGCCCUCCAACCUCGCAAUUAGUGGACAACACUACUUCACAAACCUUACCACCCCUCUAUUUGACUUGGACACCACAGCAAUGAAGUUGGGUGUUGCGCCCUGCCAGAAGAACUCAUCCAUUCCAGCACCUACGGAUGCUCCCGUGGGUCAAAACGGACUGGGACUUGGUGCCGUCCCAUGGCUCAAGCUGACCACUCGAAGUGGCGCGACAGGUGACCUUGCAGAGGUAUACAGAGUCAACACUGCUGGUGGAAGCCCCCCUAAAGUGUGUGCUGGCAUGCCAGAGACAUUCCAAGUUGAAUACGCUGCUGAGUACUGGUUUUACGAAUCAUAA